GCGGUCCGUAGAGGCGAAGGGGACCGCAGAGCGCCGGUGCGUUCCGGUGCUGGCGGUGCACUGUCAGUAUGCAGCGGUUGCUUCUUCCGCCCCUGAAGGCCUGGAUGGGGAGCCGCUGUGUCGGGCUCCUGGUCCCUAGGGCGGCGUCCAGAGCACAGUGUGGUUGCAGCUAUGGCGGCAGGCAUCCUCUGCGGCCGGGGCAAUACAGCACAAUCACUGAGGUGGCUUUGCAACCUGGAAAAGGUACAGUGGCCCUUCCUUCGAAGGUAGCUGAGCGGGCAGUGGGCCGAUGGCUCCUGGUGUGCAGUGGAGCAGUGGCGGGAGCGGUUAUUCUUGGAGGAGUAACUAGGCUGACAGAGUCUGGCCUCUCCAUGGUCCACUGGCAUUUAAUAAAGGAAAUGAAGCCACCCACAAGCCAAGAGGAAUGGGAAGCGGAAUUCCAAAAAUACCAACAAUUCCCAGAAUUUAAAAUCCUGAAUCAUGACAUGACGCUGGCGGAAUUCAAGUUUAUCUGGUACAUGGAGUACUCGCACCGAAUGUGGGGUCGAGCUGUCGGCCUUGCAUACAUCCUGCCGGCCGCCUACUUUUGGAGAAAGGGUUGGCUCAACCGUGGCAUGAAAGGACGUGUUCUUGCUCUCUGUGGCUUAGUCUGUUUCCAGGGUCUUCUAGGUUGGUAUAUGGUGAAAAGUGGGUUAGAAGAAAAACCAGAGUCCUAUGAUAUCCCUCGGGUCAGCCAGUACCGCCUGGCAGCUCACCUUGGCUCAGCACUUGUUCUUUACUGUGCCAGUCUGUGGACCUCUCUCUCACUGCUACUCCCUCAGCACAAGUUACCUGAAACCCGACAGCUCCUGUGGCUGAGGCGCUUUGCUGGAGGGACAGCAGGUCUGGUAUUCCUCACGGCUCUCUCAGGAGCUUUUGUGGCAGGGCUAGACGCUGGGCUUGUUUACAACUCCUUCCCCAAAAUGGGAGAAUCGUGGAUCCCAGAGGACCUCCUUACCUUCUCUCCCAUCCUGAAGAAUGUUUUUGAGAAUCCUACCAUGGUGCAGUUUGAUCACCGGCUUCUGGGAAUCACAUCUGUCACUGCCAUUACAAUGCUCUAUUUCCUGUCCCGGAGAAUCCCCCUUCCUCGAAGGACCAAGGUGGCAGCAGUGACUCUGCUAGCUUUGGCAUAUGCACAGGUGGCCUUGGGCAUCAGCACCUUGCUUCUGUAUGUGCCAACUCCUCUGGCCGCCACACACCAGUCAGGCUCCUUGGCUCUGCUCAGCAGUGCCCUUUGGCUCAUGAAUGAACUCCGAAGGGUCCCCAAAUAAUUCUCAGAGGAUCAUUCCCACGGACUGAAACUGCCUUGGGAAUUCAUCAGCAAGUUCAAGAACUUUUCUAGGAGGGUCACCUUGACAUGCCUCAUGGUUUACAAAGUGGUCAAGUCUCAAAACUGUUUUGAGAUGGGCCCUGAAUCAAGAAUGUCACCAAGGUGUGAUUAUACCAGCGGUUCUCCCUAAGUCUUUUGCAUUGCUGCUUCUUAAUAGGCAGCCUGACUUUUCUUAGCGCCAGGAAGAUCUUGCAUUUCUGUGUCCUUGUGCUGCCAAGUGCUGUCCACUAGCCAGGCUGGUAGUGACAGUGUCAGACUCGAGAACAACCAAUCGACCAGUAAUGGAAUGUUGUUUGUUAGUAAGGUUCAAGGUUGUCAUAACUUCUGGUUUUUAAAAGCAGCUAACUAGCUAGAUUUUGAAGUGACUAUUCUCCUUUAUGUGUGUGUGCAAGUGCUCGAGGAGGCCUGGGAGGAUGCUGUCCCUAGAGCUGGAUAUACAGGCGAACAAGUUGUAUGAUGGGGGUGUGGUGACCAAACCCAGGUCCUCUAGAAGAGCAUCGAGCACCUUUAACAGCGGAGCCAUUUCUCCAGCCCAGAGUGAAUACUAUUACAUGUUGACAAUUUCAAGUUUAAAAAAUAGGGAGGCUUAACACAUCUGAUCUGAAGUUGUCCAUUUUUAAUUUCUGAAUGAGAUGGGUUUUUUUUUUUUUCCAACUCUAAAUUAUUCUGUGAGUCUCUGUAUAUUGUUAUUAGCAAAACAAAGACACGUUUUACUCUCCAAGUCCCAGGCCCUGCUGGGCUUGUGUUAUUACACAAAAGAGAUUUCCCUCAAUCUCAGAACUCAAGACUCAUCCUAGACCCACUAAAUUCAAGCCCUUGGAACAGGGGUGGGCUGGUUUUUAAGUUUCCUGGGGACUUGAGUGCAUGUAAGUUUGGUGACACGUGGCCUAGGUCCUUCUGAAAUUCUGCCAGCUUGUUCCCACUCCUCCCAAAUUUCUACCCCAUCAUCCCGGCUGCAUUUAACCUGUUGGUCCCAUCUGUGCAUCAGCAUGGUAGGCACUCUAGACAAUCCUGUCAAGAAGGGAACCAGGGCAGCUUGCACACCAGCUACUUCUCACUCCACAUCCAGAGUCUUCAGUUAGAAGCAGACAGCAGAGGGCAGGAGGGUCCAGCCGAAGAUCACUUGUAACCAUUUUUCAGUCACUUCAAGCAAGUGGCAACCCAAGUCAGCUCAAGUCUUAGACAUUUUAUUGCACUUUUCUUCUACUACAGUUAAGUAAAGUAUGUAUGGAUUCAGUGUUUAGCUAUUCAGCUACAGCAUGCCUUCUAUGUGGUCCUGGUGAACAGAGAUCAUCUUAACUAUUUUUGUAUCUGUUUAAGUCACUAGAUACAUACCAAAUACUGAAUGAGGAAAGAAUGAAUUGGUAGAAAAUAUACAAUUAUUGAUUUAUGUCCCAAAUGUCUACUUCAGAAAAAGCCAUUGCACACUUAAAAGAUUAAAUAAAUGUCUUUUAAUGUUUUCAA